CAAACCUCUGAGCCUCAGAUUCUCCCCUCAGUCCUGCCAUGACUGCUGUUCGUUGUCGUCCGUAGUCUGUGGUCUGUCCAGGACCUCGAACUGUUUACGUGUCCACCUGUCCUUCGAGAUGCCCGACAAAAGGCCACUGGAUCCGCUCCAGCCGGUGCUCUAUAUCGACCACUGCCGCUAUCGACAGACCUACAGGAAACAGGCUUUGCACCUGCAUUCUUCGCUGGCCGAGGCUUUGAGGGCCAUCCAGCCAAGGGUUAAGCUCCAGCUCAGGAUCAACGACAAAGGUCCGCCGCAAGAUGGAUCCUUUGAGGUUGCAAUUGCACCGCAUCCCACCGAUGACACCAAGGCCCGCCAGGGUGUGUGGACCGGAUUGAGGAGGAUGCCCAGUGCAUCGAAGGUUCCCCACGUGGACGACAUAAUCACCCCGGUUUGUUUCGCCCUCAAACUCAGGGAUCCCCACAAAGAAUCGCAUCGACGAAUGCUGACCAACUUGCGGCACAACGAGGGCAGUCGAGCGAGGAGGAGAGAAUUCAUGUAAAUCUUUGUAAAUACCAAGUUCAUGU